AAGUCCCUUACUAAUGUCCAGACAAAUAUAGCAGUGCAGACGUGUCAAUGGACGGCUGGUUGAGAAUUCCUCUCCCUUCGUUAUAUAUAUAUGUACAUGCAUGCAUGUAUCUUGAGUGUAAGGUUCCUACAAGUCAAGGAAAAGAAGGGACUGCUCUAAAUCCAUCACCUGUCACUUUCACCUGCGAACAUCAAUCAAGCAGCGUGUCAAUCGCUUUCGUGGCAGUUGUCUUCACUGUGAUUGGCUUUCUAUCGCUUUAGGGCGUAAACGUAUACAAUUUUGUUGGAAUCCUAUUGGAAAACACGGAGCUUCGCUGUAGUGACGCAGUUGGAAUUCCCAAACUUCGUAAGUUCACGAGGAACAUUGCGCAUCUCGACAACGCCGCCAAGGACUAUCCAAAACGAAGAGUAAAACUGUAGCAUUGAAUAAACCAAAAAGCAGGCCAAGAGAUUAAAUAUCUCUGUUGCUGUGCCUGGCCACCAGGGGGCAAUGUCGGACAGCAGCAGCACAGGCAGUAGCGGCUCCUCCAACAGCUGGACCAUCAUCAACCCGGAGGAUGCUGCAGUGGAGUGUGUUGGCCUUGUGGACGAUGGACCAGAGAGUUUGGGGGAUGUCCCUAGUCUCUACGAGGAAGUGACAGGGCACACACUGGAGGUCAGGCCGGGUGAGGGUUCAGUAGAGACGGUUCUGUCGGAGGAAGGCCAACAGGUCAGUCUGUAUCCUAUCGUUUGCCAGGAAACAACUCCAGAUGUUGGCGAGGGCUCCUCUAACCCCACCUUGCUCAGCCCCUCCCCCAGCAGUUAUAUCCCCCUAGAAUCUGACCUGGUGCUUAGCCCCUCCCCCAGCAGUUAUAUCCCCCUAGAAUCUGACCCAGAGAGCCAGCCCCCGGUCAUCCACGACAUCGUCACCAGUUCCCCCUCUGACAACAAUGACCAGCUUUCGGCCACCCCCUUUGUAACCCAUAUUGACCUGCUUGAACCCUUCGACGUUGCCUACGCGGAGCCUGAGGGCGAGGCCGAGGCGGAGCCUGAGGUUGAGGGGGAGCCCGAGGUUGAGGAGGAGCCUGAGACCGAGGGCGAGGCAGAGGCCGAGGCGGAGGCUAAGCCCGAGGUUGAGGCCAAGCCCGAGGUUGAGGCAGAGGUCGAGGUUGAGGCCGAGGUUGAGGUCAAGGUCGAGGUGAUCUGGGCCCAUGAGUCUCCACCUCCAGAGGGUGCCGUACCCAAGGACCCCGAUCUAGACACCACUGCAGACGUAGCCCCUGCCACUGAGAGUCAAGCUUUUGAAAUCCGUGCCCCAUCCCUGCCCGAAGAAAGCCUCCCUGUGGAGAUUGUCACCCCGUUGGACGUUCACACAGAUAGUAUCCCCGCCCUCGAGAGCGAGGAAUCUGCUAGCCCCAUCCCCGAGAGCAAAGAGUUUGUAAUCCCCGCCCUCGAAAGCGUGGAGUGUGUAAGCCCCGCCCCCGACAGUCCUCUCCCAAUGACCAUUGGUUCAACCAAGACAGCUGAGGCAGCCGAAGCACCAGCAGUGGAGGAGACAACACUUCCUGAGGAAAUAGAGGAAGUUGGACAGGUUGAAGAGCCACCUAGGAGCUUUGACAUAGGACGAGGUGACACUAGCGCUGAGGGGGAUGGCCUGAGGAGGAGGACCAUGCCGUCCUUCGAGGCGCCGAGGCGAACAUCCGAGGAAGAAGACGAGGAAGAGGAUGUGGAGUUCAAACUGCCGGAGAAGGAGGAGGAGAAGCGUGGGUUCUCCCUGAACAAGCUGAUCGUGGCAGCAGUAGUCCUGCUAUGCCUAGGAUCCCUCUUCCUGUCAGGUGUCAUCACCAAUCUGGAUAAUGACGACGUUGACUCUGAGAUGAGCGAUGGGGACCAGGACUGGGUAAACCCUCAGGAAAUGAAGGAGGUUUUGGACAAACUGGCACAAGAAAACCAUCAAAUCACCCAAUUAGACGCCCAGCUACAGACCCAGAAAGAAGAACUCGACUCAGCACUAAAGUUAGCAUCAGCAAAGGCAGAGGAAGAAGGGAAAGGAGCUUUGGAAAAAGAAAAUGGCAACAUGAGAGAGGAGCUGUCGUCCCUGCCUGACCUGAAGGUGGAGCUGGAGACCCUAAGAUCCAGAGUGAGAGAGCUUUCCCAGCUCACAGCCAACCAUGACACCCCCACUCCACCACCUAGCUCCUCCCCACCUCCUGCUGGCCAGCCAGGGAAGAGCAGCCAGAGCACAGCCGGGCCUGACAGGGAGAAGGACCUCGGGAAGGGGGGCCGCAUAAAGGAAGAGCUACAGAGACAGAGGGUCCUCUUAGAGGAAAGCAGGAAAAGACUCGAGGGGAUGAAGAAAGAUGGAGGGCCCAGGAAAGGCGUGAGGGAGAGCCUAUCAGAGAUCCAGAAGAGGCUGACUGAGCAGGUGGAGAAGCUCGGCAAGAGGAGGCCAUGGGAGGGUGGGUCCAAGUGGGACGCAAAGAAAGGCAAAGAUAACGGGAAGGACCACUGGAAAAAAGAGGAGAAGAAGGAGUGGAGGGGAGAGAAGGAGUGGAAGCACAGCAAAGACAAGCACGAAGGCGAGUCGAAGUCACACAAGCAGAGCUCCCACAAGGAAGCCUGGCGGAAGUACCAAGAUGAGUGGGACAGUAAGAAGGACGAGCGCAGGCUGGAUAGGGAGAAGAGGAAGAGGGAGGGACACUGGCAUGUCCAGUCUGCUAAGAACUCCAAACACCAUCAGCAUCAGAACCCCCAACAGAACCAGCCUCCCCAACACCAGCCCCAUCAGUCUCACCAGUUCGACCACACCACCUUCUGGAAGCACCAGGAGGAGAAACUCAUCCGCAACAUGGACAUCAGGGCAGGAUGUAAUGGCAUCAAGGACUGUGCUGCCAAGGAGGGGCUGAAUCCAGUGGACCAGUCCCAGUUCCAGGCCCUUCUCGAGGGCUACCUGAGCAAGCUGGAGGGGGUCACGCCAGAGAGCAAGAAGGAGAUCCGCAAGCUGACCGCUCAGUUUUUCAAGGGCGGUGUGUUCACACACGACAGGGUGCGAUUCAGCGACUUUGCAGAGGACGUGGCAGACAUUUUGGAAGACUUGGCAGACAUCCUGGAAGACGAAGGGCAGGGGGAGGAUGACGUGCUGGAGGAGGCGAUGGAGGAGUUUCCUGUUGAGGCUUUGUGGAGGUUUGCUGUUCCAGCCUAGAAACCAAAACAACAGAAAUAACUGGAAAGAAAAUGAACACCAAGAUACAAUGGUAUAACAUGGUUGUUUACAGCAAGGUGUUGCCAAUUCUGUGGUCUAUCUUGGAAAAUGCUUCUGGUCCCAGGAGUGAUCUGUUGCCUCAUAAACACUCCCCCCUGAGUCUGUAAUUACAAGCUGUUCAUGUGUGUUGGAUUUUAGUUGUUUACCUACCUCUGUCAGUUCAAGGACACUGUCCUCAGUCACAUCAGCUGUGUGUUCGAAUGCGUGUGUGAUUGUGAAACAAAUUCUCCCUUUACCUUUAGUAUUUAACACUCAGAAUGUAGCCGUUUAUGAUAAUGGUCAGAUGUACUUCCUUGUGAACUCCGUGCCCAACACUCAGAUCCGAAGCUGCCGUAGUGUUGUCAAGGUUACCGUCAGAUCUAGUAGGACUGGUUCAACUGUCGGCUCUGUGUGUAACUGUCAGUGUUUAUUAACAGCACACGGAUCAUUCUGGAACAUGCAAAUGAAAGGAGAUUUCUGCCAGGAGAGAACUAGGUUCUUGCUAUGUUUCUCUUUGACAUGGUUCUCUCACUCACACAUAGAAUGCUGUUAUAAUGCAGGAUUAACCUAUUCUGAUGUAUGGUGCAAGCCCAGCACACAUUAAUAAAGAAUAGCAGCACGUGAAGAUUUUAUUUCUACAUUAUUAUUUGUCACACUGUGCAUUUCUGAGUACGGUAAUGUAAUGGCUCUCUGCAUUGUAAUGGAAAUCUUGAGUCUUACAACCCAAUGUUGUUUCUAUUGAAUUGGGUAAAAAGUGCAAUCUAUUGGUUUUUAGAAGAUGUUUAAAAAGGACGUUCAACCUGUACAUUUCAGAUAGACCCUUUGAUGUUUUUUUGUUAAUUCAUUUAUCACUGUAACACUUUUUGAGAUUUGAGUUUACCAUGCUGAUGUUUUGAUCAGAUAUGUAGGAUAGUUGUUUGAAUUUUGUAUUUAAGGAAGGAUAGCCCUGGUCCUCCUUAAAUACAUAUUAAUAGGUAUUUCUUUUAGUCCACCGUUGCAGUAUUUUUGAUCAUUAUAUGAAAAGCAAGCCAAGUGGCUAAAAAAAAUGGUAUGCUGUUUCUUAGAAACCUUUUAUUUCAGUGAGCUACUGCUUUUGUGCCUUUUAUUUAUAAUUAAAUAACAAUGACAGUUUGAAAUCUAAAAUUGCAAUUGUUUUGGAGCCAUUAUCCUGCUGAUUUGGAAGAGAGACAAAGUAUCUAACAAUGUAUAGAAGGAUGUACAAUAACUUGAUGCUAUGCUUUAAUUGACAUUCAUAGAUUCAGGCUUUUCUUUUUUCUAUGAUCUUGUAGCGUGAGAAAGCCCUUAAGGGCAUCACAUAACACACAUACCAAGUUUGAAUGUCAUUGAAUGCAAGUUCUGCCAUGAUCAGCAGUUAUUUUGCGUUGAGUUUGAUAAAACAUUUUAAACAAUAAACUGUUUGAAUGUUG